GCCGCCGGCGAGGCAGUGCAAACGCCCCACGCGUUGCCUGCAACAACACGCGAAACCAAUACGGUCUGCAAACAUUGCUGCAAAAGUAGCAGAUUCGCAAGGAAGCACAAAGAGUAGUUAGGGAGAGCAAGUACAACAAGAUGCUGGCCCGCCUCGCGAGGAGAACAAGACGCACCGUACGCUUGUUAAGUGAUGACGCCACACCGUCAGUGCCGCCGCAACGCAUUGUUGUGGCAGUAGGAGGCAACGCCCUGCAGCGGCGAGGCGACCGGCUGACCAUCGAAAACAUGUUAAAAGCCGCAAAACAAAUGGUGCCCUCCAUCCUAGCAUUGCGCCAGGCGGGCCAUCAAGUGUUACUCACGCAUGGGAAUGGGCCGCAAGUUGGUGAGUUAGCUUUAGAGAGAUCUGCAGCCACGUUUGAUGUCUUGGGCGCCGAGUCUCAAGGUCAAAUUGGAUACGUCCUAGCCCAGGCGUUCCAGAGUGCGGGUGUCGAUGCGGCGUGCAUCGUCACCCAAACGGCUGUGGAUGCCGGCGACAAGGCCUUCGAUAACCCUACCAAGUAUGUGGGACCCGUCUACGGCUUCAAGGAGGCCGAAGCUCUGGCCAAUCAGUUAGAUUGGACCAUCAAGCAGGACGGCGAAUAUUAUAGGAGGGUUGUGGCGUCUCCCAAGCCCAUUGCGGUGUUGCAGCUGGAUGCGGCUCGGACGUUGCUCGAGAACAACUAUCCAGGACUGGUCGUCGCGGGCGGCGGCGGCGGCGCUCCGGUCUCUCGUGUGUUCGGGGACGUCGUCGGCGUCGAAGCUGUGGUGGACAAGGACGCUACAGGCGCAUUGAUGGCGCGCGAACUCGAGGCUGAUGGGUUUAUUAUUUUGACGGAUGGCGGAGGUAUCUGGCACAACUUCGGCAAGCCUGAUGGAAGAGAAAUGAAGGCCGUCACGCCGAAGUACCUCAAAGCGAGGAAGACGGGCCAGAAGUUCCCGGGCAGCAUGGGCCCCAAGAUCAGCGCCGCCAUUUCUUUCGUCGAAGGCAGUUCGAAGCCGGGCGCGUGGGCCAUCAUCGGGGAUUUGAACGACGCCGCCGAGCUGAUGAGUGGAGCGAAAGGAACCAAAGUUUGCCGCGACGUGCCCGACGACGUCACGUGGCACACGUCGCCGCCCGAGGAGUCGUCGCCGUCCUAGGUGUCGGUUUUAACAAUACAAA